AUGAGUUAUACAGAACAUUACAUGGAGUACGACCCUUUCGUGACGGCUCCAGAACCUUCCAACCCGUGGACCAGUGACGACUGCGCCUUCUGGGAUCUGGAGGCCAGUAAGGAGCCCAGUCAACAGCGAGUGAAGAAGUGGGGUUUCUCUCUGGAGGAGGCCCUGAAGGACCCAGCAGGACAGGAGCUGUUCCUAAAGUUCCUGGAGUCAGAGUUCAGCUCAGAGAACCUGCGGUUUUGGUUGGCGGUGCAGGACUUUAAGCGGCGCCCUCUGCAGGAGGUGGCGGUGCGGGCGCAGGAGAUCUGGGCCGAGUUCCUGGCGGAGGGAGCACCCAGCUCCAUUAACCUGGACUCCUGCAGCUACGAACGCACAAGCCAAAACCUGAAAGACCCCGGACGCUACAGCUACGAAGACGCACAGGACCACAUCUACAAGUUGAUGAAAAGUGACAGCUACACACGCUUCCUACGCUCCAAUGCAUACCAGGACCUCCUGACGGCAAGGAAGAAGCCUGAGGCAGAGCAGGGGCGGCGUACCUCUCUGGAGAAGUUCACACGCAGCGUGGGCAAGUCACUGACUGGCAAGCGGCUGACGGGCCUCAUGCAGUCUUCCUGACCAGGCCUGCACGUAGAGGAGGACCAUCCAUGCCUAGGAGAGCUGCUUGCUUGGCUUCGGUGGCAAAACGGCCCCAGGACGGU